GUUUUUUAUUUACUUUAUUUUUAAUUUUCAUAUUUUCGAUCUUUUAAAAUUUUAAUUGUGGAAAUCAUUUUAGUAAAGAGAAAUGACCGUUCUUUGAAACAGGGUCCUUUGAAUUUUAUUCCCAUUGUUUAUAUGCAACAUAACCUAAACAAUACACAAUGAGCGAAAAAAUGGAAGAUAUUGGUAAAAUAUGUAUCCCAGGGAUGAGACUUUGUCUUGCCAACAAGGAAUACAUCUCCGGCCCUGGCACACAUGAGCUAGGCGGGUAUAUUUAUGCUAGCCUAGCUGGAGUACUAAAAAUGCAAAAGGAUGAGAAAGCUAAUACAACCUCAGUGUCAGUGGACAGUCCUCGGACGCCCAGUGUGCUACCAAAAACUGGUGACAUAGUGACUGCAAAAGUGACAGUAGUGAACUCCAGAAUGGUUCAGUGCAUGAUUCUCUGUGUAGGUCCAUCAGUUCUAGCAAGACCGUAUAAGGGGAUACUCAAAAAGGAGGAUAUCAAAGUGACAGACAAAGACAGGAUUGAUCCGUACAAGUGUUUUAGGCCGGGCGAUGUUAUUUUGGCCAGAGUUUUGCCAAUGACAGAAAUCCAUUGGUAUCACCUAUCAACAGGGGAGAAUGAACUUGGCGUUGUCAUAGCCACUGCAGAAGGAUCUCCCCAAGGCGUCAGUAUGGUGCCGAUAAGUUGGUCAGAGAUGCAGUGCCCUAAAACCUUGGUGAAGGAACCGAGGAAAGUUGCAAGGGUCAUACCAGAGAACAUAAAUCAGAAAUUAUUUCCCACUGACACAAAUACUGAAGAAAAAAAGGGAAAUAAAGAUUGAUUACUU